AUGUCGUUCAAUGAGAAGCCGGGCCCGCCGCCCUCAACGGCAGAUACACUCAAAGAGACAAUCGAGGACCGAAAAAGCGAUUUCGGCAGCCGUCCUGACACGACGGCCACAACACCUGUGAAUGGAUCUGUUAACGAACUGACGACGGUACGGACUGAAACUGUUCAUGAUAAACUAGAGGAGGACCCUACGGCGGGGGAGCACCUGAAGGAGCCGGAGCAUCCCGUGAUGGAUUUGGCGAAUGGGAUCGUGGCGUGGGAUGGACAAGAUGAUCCAUUGAACCCAAAGAACUUUCCGUUGAAACUCAAGUGGACGAUUUUGGCAUUGGUUAGUAGUAUUACGUUGGUCAGCCCACUGGCGUCUUCUAUGUUUGCACCUGGUGUUGGGUUUAUGAACAAGGAGUUUGGAAAUACCUCAACUAUCCUUUCCUCAUUUGUCGUGUCUGUUUUCGUCCUUGGAUAUGCCGUCGGCCCUCUCUUUCUCUCACCCCUUAGUGAGAUCUAUGGUCGUGGUCCCGUCCUUAACUACGCCAAUGCUUUCUUCGUUGUCUGGCAGAUUGGCUGUGCCCUCGCUCCCAAUCUCAACUCCCUCAUCGUCUUCCGCUUCUUCAGUGGCGUUGGUGGUUCCGGUUGUCUUACAAUCGGAGGUGGUGUUAUCAGUGAUCUCUUCCCCGCCGAGCAGCGUGGAAAGGCAACAGCCAUCUAUGCAAUGGGCCCACUCUUUGGCCCUGUCAUUGGCCCUAUCUGUGGUGGCUUCAUCGCGCAACGUGUCGGCUGGAGAUGGGUGUACUGGGUCCUCUUGAUUUGUUCCGGCCUUGUUACUGCUCUUAUCUGGGUGUUGAACCGCGAGUCCAACCCGAGGGUGCUCCUGGCUCGGAAGACAACGGCCCUGAAGAAGGAGACUGGGAACGAGGGUCUUGUCAGCUGGUACGACAGAGAACAUGUUGGCCCGCCGCUAUCUCCCAUCGCCGUUCUCACACACGGUCUCAUGCGCCCAUUGAAGCUCCUUAUCAUGUCCCCAAUUGUUGCACUUCUCUCGCUGUACAUGAGUAUUACCUACGGGCUCCUAUAUCUCCUUUUCACGACCAUUACCAGCGUUUUCCAGGGCCAGUAUGGCUGGGAGCCUGAUAUGACCGGUCUUGCCUACCUCGGUAUCGGUAUCGGCCUCUUCCUCGGUGUCGGCGCGGUCGCAAAGAUCUCGGACGCAACCGUUAUCAAGCUAGCGAAACGCAAUGGUGGUGUUCCGGAGCCGGAGAUGCGUCUGCCGUCGUGUAUGAUCUUUGGGAUGUUCCUACCCAUAUCGCUGUUCUGGUACGGGUGGGUGACGGAGAAGCAUGUGCACUGGAUUGUCGCCAUCAUCAGUAUGAUCCCGUUCGGCUUCGGUAUGAUGGGCAUCUUCAUCCCCGUGCAGACGUAUCUGAUUGAUGCGUUCCCAGAGUAUGCGGCCAGUGUGAUCGCAUCCCUGACGGCGACACGUAGUUUGUUUGGCGCGUUUUUGCCGAUGGCAGGGCCAAGCAUGUACGGAAAGCUCGGGCUUGGGUGGGGCAAUACAUUGCUAGGCUUCUUGGGGUUGAUAUUGGUACCCUUUUUGCCAUUUAUUUACAAGUACGGGAAGACCAUCAGGUCAAAAUGGCCGGUGGAUUUGAGGUAG